AUUUCAGCCCUGUAGCGUCAGGAUUGCGUCAAUUUGGGUUUCAACCACGUACUCAGUCUCAGAGCGGAGCUACUCAGAACAGCCAAAACAGGAAGGGGGUUGCAAAUCAGUGUGCAAAGGGGAGGACCGAAGGUUCCCCUCCCCCCUUUCCUCCAGUCCCCUCGCAGCCUCCUCCUCCUCCACUGUCCCCACUGCUCGUGUCUUCAGGUUUUGGUUGGUUUUUUGUUGUUGUUUCCUUUUUUUCCUCUCUUUCUAAUUUUUUUAUUUUUUUUUUCUUUUUAACUGCACUGGCAAAGACGUUUACCCCAGCGCCGUGAGAGCGGAUAGCCAGGGGACAGCAGCGCAGCGCGCUUGGUGCCCCGGGCGGGUCGCUUGGCAUCCGGAGAGGCGGAUCCCGCAUCCCGGACAGCGGCUCCAGCACCGCGGACAGCGGCUCCAGCACCGCGGACAGCGGCUCAGCACCGCGGACAGCGGCUCCAGAACCGCGGACAGCGGCUCAGCACCGCGGACAGCGGCUCAGCACCGCGGACAUCGCUCGCCACCAACAUGGCUCCGAUAGCGGACAGCCGCCAGCAGUUCGAUGAAAUUCCUACAGUGGUUGGGAUCUUUAGUGCAUUUGGCCUUAUCUUCUCUGUCUCCCUCUUUGCUUGGAUCUGCUGCCAACGCAAAUCUUCCAAGUCCAAUAAGACCCCUCCAUACAAGUUUGUCCAUGUUCUGAAGGGGGUUGAUAUUUACCCUGAGAAUCUCAACAGCAAGAAGAAGUUUGGAGCAGAUGAUAAAAAUGAAGCAAAGAACAAAUCAGCAAUGCCAAAGAAUUCUCUCCAUCUUGACCUGGAGAAGAGAGAUCUAAAUGGCAAUUUCCCCAAAACAACCACAAAAAUGCAGGGCUUUCCAGAUCUUGAAAAUUCAUCUCCUAAGCAUUUUGCAGAAAGGAAGAAAGAUUCAGUAUCCCCUGAUAGCAUUAAAUCCAUUGCUUCCCUCUCAUCUGAAGAUAAACAAGACAAGCUAGGAACUCUUUUUUUCUCCUUAGAGUACAACUUUGAGAGAAAAGCAUUUGUAGUGAACAUCAAAGAAGCUCGUGGGCUGCCAGCAAUGGAUGAACAGUCAAUGACUUCUGAUCCCUACAUCAAAAUGACAAUCCUGCCUGAGAAAAAGCACAAGGUGAAAACCAGAGUGCUGAGAAAAACCUUAGAUCCAGCUUUUGAUGAGACUUUCACAUUUUAUGGGAUCCCCUACAGCCAAAUUCAAGACUUAACACUUCACUUCAUGGUCUUGAGCUUCGACAGAUUUUCCAGAGAUGAUGUCAUUGGAGAAGUCCUCAUCCCUCUUGCUGGAAUUGAACUCUCGGAAGGAAGGCUACUAAUGGACAGAGAGAUCAUCAAAAGAAAUGUUAGGAAAUCAUCUGGUCGUGGAGAAUUACUGGUCUCUCUCUGUUAUCAAUCUACAACAAACACACUCACUGUCGUUGUUCUAAAAGCCAGGCAUCUGCCUAAAUCUGAUGUGUCAGGAUUAUCAGACCCUUAUGUCAAAGUGAACCUGUACCAUGCCAAGAAGAGAAUUUCUAAAAAGAAAACCCAUGUGAAGAAGUGCACUCCCAAUGCAGUGUUCAAUGAAUUGUUUGUUUUUGACAUUCCUUGUGAGGGCCUUGAUGAUAUCAGCAUUGAAUUUCUUGUUUUAGAUUCAGAUAGGGGGUCAAGGAAUGAGGUCAUUGGCCGGUUAACCUUGGGAUCUUCAGCAGAAGGAACAGGUGGAGAGCACUGGAAAGAAAUUUGUGAAUAUCCUAGGAGACAAAUUGCCAAAUGGCAUAUGUUAUGUGAUGGUUAGCAGCUUAGAGAGGGGUUGAUCUUAAAAACUAUAUAUAUUUCCAUUGGCAAGGAGCAGUUUGUUGUUUUUUUUUUUUUAAUUUGCUAUGUACAAUUACAAGCUUUUAACUACAAAACUUUUUUUUUUUUUCAAGAGGGGCAGGGGAUUUGAAAUAAAAUUGAAUUGAAUUAUCAGAACAGAAGGUAACUUAAUUUUCACAUUAAAUAACAGAAUUUCUAUUUCAUUAAACUUUAACAUAAUAAGUUCAGAUUAAUAUUCUUCUAGAGUUUAAGUGGCCUGUAAAAUCUAAAGCACUGUAAACCUCAAGAAGGAGAAACUUUGUUUUGAAAAAGUCACUUAUUAGUGACUCAUAUAUAGAAGAAGAAAACCUUAUUACAAUAUAUCCAAAAAAAAUAUCCCACCUGUGGCUUAUUAGGGAAGGGGAUGGAUCUAUAAAAGCCAUGGGGAUUGAGGGUGAGUAGGGGGGGAAUUCUUUCUGCCCCUCCACCAAAAACCUUCUUUUAUGAAAAUUUAAUUAAUAUUUGUAAGUUUUGGUUACUUAUACUUUGAUCAUCCCAAAGAAUGAACAUUUUUUUCAACAUUUGGUUUUACAUAUCAUGUUGGGUAAAACUAUUAUUUUUAAGUGUAGAACUAUUAUAUAAUUUCUUACACUUGCAUUUUUUAGUAAGUUUAUAUAUAUAACUUUUUUUAUUGCAGUGACCAAAAUAGAUACUUCAAACUAAUGAUCAAGUUAGCAUACCUUUUUUUGUUAAAAGGGCUCCUUUACGGGUGACUGUACGUGUUACAGUAUAGCUAAAAUUUGGAGUUAGAUAUGGCUUGGUUUUUUUUCCUCUUGGUAAGAUUACACUUUAAACAUUUCAAGCCAUGCAAAAGAAUUUCUGUUGAGAUGAGGUAACAUACAGGAUAUUACAAUCAAUUACUUUUCACCAAUUAUAUUUUAACGAUUCACUGGUACUAAAAAAAAUUGAUCCUUUUUUUGUUUUCUUUUUGUAGUUUCAUUAAAAAAUAAACAAAAAAGUGAGAUAAAGAAGAAAACCUUAUUCUGCUGUUUAACUUUCUGUGUUUAACCUCCUGGACUGUAACAAAUGCCAUUACAGUCAGUACCAAUAUCCAAACUUCAGUGUAUUUUUAAAAUAUUGCAGGAGAGAAAACCAAAUUCACUUUAAAAUUUCUCCAAUAUUACAUAGAAAAAGUACUUGGAAAGUACUUUGACGAUAUAUGAAUUAAUGUACAUUACUGACUGUACUGACAAUGGUGGUGGUAAGGGAAAACAACAUCCUGACUUCAUGUCAGUGUGACACGUGUCUAUUUAAACUUAAAUUGUGUCAGGCUGAGGAAAUAUCAUGUGUAAUAAUAACAAGGGUACAAAUAAAGCAUUUAGACCUGUGAAAUUUAGUCUUGGUCAUACCAGAUAGGUUUUUAGGCUGUCAGAACUAUAGCACAACUAUAAGCAGAUUAUUUCCUAAGGUUUGUGCACUAACUUCUGAUACAGAAUUGUUUGCAAGUAUUAGUCCUACUUCAUUUUCAAGUACAAUAUAUAUAAAGAAGAAGAUAGUGAUGUUAGUUGUUGACAUAAGAAGGGUUAAAAAAGUGGAAAACGAUUUCAGUAUUUUUGCAUACAUCAUUUGUCACAUGUAAUCCCAUUGAAGCAAAUGAGACUACUUGGGAACUAAGGUACUGCUCAUUGUGAGUAAAGGUAGCAAAAUGGGCAUGCCAGGUUAGAACAAACCAAACAUACAUUGAAUGUCAAUCUACUUUCAUUAAACAACAGACCUAGGUCCUACUUAAAACUGUUGGGGAUUUGUUGUCUACUUUACCUGUUCUCAUAUGGCCAAAUUAUGUUUGCAGGAAAGGACACUGAAAUAUGAAAUAUGCAAGUAGACAAAUAGUACUGGAAGAAUUCCAUUGAGGCUCUUCCAGGUUUUGUGUCAGUAUUUUCUCCAGUUUUUGAGAAUGUGUUUGAUACAACAGUGUUUAUAGAUUUCUGUAAAAAUACAUUUUCAAAAUAACAUAAACAUGCUUUUUAUGAUAAUGCUAAAUGUAAAAAUAUUGCGUAUUGUAUGUAUAAAGGAGAGGAAUCUUUUUUGAUUAUUUCUUUAGAAAGCUGAUUAACUGCUUAAGGGCUAGAGUUUGCCAGCCACAUUCAAGCAGAGCUAAUCCAAAGCCACCAAAUGAAAGGAAAGAUGCCCACAGGCUUCAGUGGGGUUUGAGGCGCAAUCACAGAGCAAAACUCUUCUGAGUCAACCCAGAAAUGUCACUGGGACCAUGGAUAUGGGGAAACUUUGUUUUAUCCAAUGGAGACUGGGAGAGUUUAGGUCAGUACAACACAAUCAGAACUGUUACAACCUCUGAAAAGAAAAUAACUAAGCUGGAAAGGAUUGCAUCAAAGAGAGUGGGGCAUCUUGCAGUUAAAAAAUAUGGAGGUUUUUGUAUGCUGGCCCGUAAGUAGUUCAUUAUCUCUAGAAUUCAGAUGACAGGCAUCAUCUGUCUCCAAUGAACAUAAAAUAUGACAUUAGGGGAUAACAACUCAUCUUUUUGAAUUAAUGCUGGGCUGUGAUGAUCAUCUUUCAUUUUGUAUCCAGCAAGUCGUCACCAAUUUAUUUAUUUUUGUUUAAUUUUUAUAGCAGCUUGAGGGUCAAUAUUUCUACUAGCUAAAUGUCAGUUUUUGUUGGGGGUAUGGGGGUUGAAUGGGAAAGGGAAGCAAAGACAUUUUUAUUAAAUCUAAAAAAACUCUGUAAAUAGAUGUUGUUGGUUGUUUUUUGUUUUUUUCAUUUAAAGCAAUUCUUAGUUGGGAAAGUUGAGUAAAGACGACUUGUAACACAUUUUAAACCAGAAAGAGGCAGGAGAGCGAAUGUUGGCCUGUACUGAGGUGAGAAAUUCUGCUGUUUUAUAAAGUAUUCAAUUCUCAUUGUGAAUAUCUUGAACUCUGUUAAGGAUACUGUACUGUAUUCAACAUGUAAAAAAAAAAAGAUGUUUGUCUAAGUAGCUUACAAAAAUAAUAACUCCUUGAAUGGGAGACUAUCCAUGUCUGGAGAUCUGUCGUAACUAAAUACCUGAUUCGUUAUGGUGUUGUAACUUAAUAGAAGCUAUUCAAGAGGAAGCAUGGUGUAUGAGAUUUUGUAAGUUAUUUGUGCUGGUUCUGUAUGUUGUGCCAUGUGUGUAAGACAAGAAUAAACUGCUGCUUUUGUUCAUUCCAUCCCAAAAUAA